CAGUCACUGACGGACCAGCGUCAACAAAAGCAAAAAACUCUAAAAAAGUAACCGAAGAGGAAUUGCAGCCAAGUAUUGUUCCAAAUUAUUUUGUAUUUGGAAGCUACAAAUUUUACAAGCAAAACAAAAAAGGAAAAACUACACAGAAAUCGUACAUUUGUACUUUUUAGAGUUUCUUGCUUUUGUUGACGAGGCCUUUAAGUUCGUCAGCGAGACGGACGCCAAUGGACAGCAUUCUGCAAGAGCUGCUAAGCAGACGGGGAAUUACUCCCGUCUAUGAACUUGUCCAGAUCGAGAGCGCCAUAGAUAAGCCGACCUUCCGGUUUCGCGUGUCCUUUAAGAACAAGGAUACGCCCUUUACGGCCAUGGGUGCAGGACGCUCGAAGAAGGAGGCCAAGCAUGCGGCGGCCCGUGCGCUCAUCGACAAGCUGAUCGGCGCGCAGCUGCCGGAAUCGCCUAGCAGCUCCGCUGGUCCGUCAGUGACUGGGCUCACGGUCGGCGGAAGCGGAGGAGACGGCAAUGCGAAUGCCACGGGCGGAGGAGAUGCCGGCGAGAAAACCGUUGGUAAUCCGAUUGGCUGGCUGCAGGAAAUGUGCGUGCAACGGCGAUGGCCAUUACCGUCGUAUGAAACGGAAACGGAAGUGAGUCUGCCCCACGAGCGGGUCUUUACGAUCGCUUGUUCGAUACUCCUGCUUGAACUUGGUGAGCACCUUCAACACGUCCCUAGCCAGAGUGCCGCAACCUGGACCAAGCUCCACCAGUUGAAAGGGCGAGGGACAGCACAUUUUGCGCCACUCGCUCACCAACCAAAUUCCUACGAGCUUCAUGAAGGGAUAUGAUGAU